AUGGCGGCGGCUGACCGAAAAGCAUACACGGACGCCGUGAAGUGUCUAAUGGCUCAGCCAUCUCAGCUCGACCCCGUUCAAUAUCCCGCAGCCAUCAACAGAUACAUGGACUAUGCCGUCAUUCACGUGAACCGCACACAAUAUGUCCAUCUUGACGCCUUCUUCUUGACCUGGCAUCGCUACUUCCUCUGGCUUUAUGAGACAGACCUGCAACAGACCUGUGGCUAUACAGGAGCGUUUCCUUACUGGGACUUUGCCGCGACGGCUUCGGACCCCCACGCAUUCCCCAUCUUCGACGGCUCCGAUUACUCCAUGUCUGGCGACGGAAUCUAUAACAAUACAGGUCCAAUCACCCUCGGCGCACAGUUGACCAUCCCUCACGGUACAGGCGGAGGUUGUGUCACAACCGGACCUUUCGCAAACAUGAUUGCGCCACUAAAAUUCAUUGACCCGACACAACUCGCCACCGGCACGCUACCAGCCGAUGCGUUCUCUCGCAACGAGAUCUGCUUGAUGCGCGACCUGAAUGCUUACGUCUCUCAGACGUACACCAACACCGCUGAACUUGUUGCUGCCGCGCACGCGACCAAUGCCUCGAACUUUGAGUUCCUUCUCAACGGUGUCAUCGGGUCUUCUUCUCUAGGCAUCCACUCGGGCGCACAUUUCUCCGUCGGAGGCCAGAUGGACAGUAUCCAUGUAUCUGCUCAGGAUCCUGUUUGGUAUCCUCUGCAUACCAUGAUCGACAAGGUCUACUGGAGUUGGCAGACCAACUACCCCGAGCUGGCGGAUCAGCUAGACGGGUCAACGGGUACUGCGCUGAACACACCGCCAUCGCCGGUAGUCACCCUGGAUUCAAUAGAACCAGACUGGGGCUACUUUCAACUGGAGCCUAUCGCCGUGAGGGAACUGAUCAGCACCACCGAAGGACCAUUCUGCUAUCAAUACGAUAAUGUCAUCUCGUAA